AUGACGGAAGAAGCACCGGCCGCAGAUGCGGUCCCUCAAUUCUCGUUUAAGAAACGCUCCGCCAAAGCCAAAGCCAACUUCCGGAAGAAACCAGACACGCCACCGCCAGCUUCAGACUCGGAUUCCGGUUUCACCUCUUCCGAUGAUGACGAAGGUCGCAGGAUCAAGAGACGACGUAAGAAUGCAGCAGUCACCGCAUCCUCGGCGUCCAAUGCGGCUCGGAAGGAUGCUGCGAAGGAGGAACCAGCUGCCAGUGCUGCAGCACCGUUGACUUCAACCAACGACGCAACCAAACAGUCCAACUGGUAUGAUGAAGAUCUGAGCGAAAAGAAUCUUCUGGGAACAACAAGAGCUCGACCCGAGUCAAACACCCCCUCUGGCCCAGAUGGAAUAUACAAAGGUGCCGCCAACUACUCGUCUUUUAUUCAGAAGAACCCCAACGCCCCUAGCAAGCAAUUCGGUCCGAUCAAAGCCCCUACCAACGUGCGAACAAUCACAGUCAUGGAUUUCGCCCCCGAUGUCUGUAAGGACUGGAAGCAGACGGGAUUCUGUGGGUUCGGCGACUCAUGUAAAUUCUUGCAUGCUCGUGAAGACUACAAGCAGGGCUGGGAACUGGAUAGAGACUGGGAAAUCGGUACCAAGGGCAAACAAGUCAACGGAAAGGUCUUGUCGCAUCGGAAGGGUGGUGGAAAUGCGGCCGAAGACGAGGAGGAAGAUGACGAGGAUGAACUACUCGAGAAUAUUCCGUUCGCGUGUAUCAUCUGCAAGAAGCCGUACCAGAACCCCAUCAUCACCAAAUGUGGGCACUACUUUUGCGAAUCGUGCGCUCUACAACGCUACAGAAAGAGUCCGUCAUGCGCCGCAUGUGGAGCCGGCACUGGUGGUGUAUUCAACGUCGCGAAGAAACUAGGUCACUUGCUGGACAAGAAGAGAGAACGAGCACGGAAACUACGGGAGCAGGCCAUUGCAGAUGGCGAGGAAGUCAGCAGUGAAGAGGAGGGAGAGAACGAAGAGGAGGAUUAA